AUGUCUACGUUCCACUACGGUACCACGCAGAUGUUGCCCUUGUCCUUCCGGCAAGACAACCUUAACGCAAAUGGCUGGCACCAAUGGUGGGAUCCCUACCGGACCGCCGGAUUGCAAAAGCAGAACACAGAUCUACGAAGGGCCUGUGACGUCUAUGAGGGACAGCAACGAACGCUUUUACAGGAAAACGCGAGAUUAGUCGAGACCACGAUGAAACUGGCUGCGGUGAUCGACCAGCUGAUAAAGGAUGUUUCAGCGACAGAGGAGCCCCAGUACAGCGUAUCCAGCUUGGUUUUGGACCUUCAGAGAUGCCAAAAGGAAAACGCUCACUUAACGGAAGUGCUUCACAAGCAGCGGGGAACGAUGGAAUGCCAAGCCCAUCAGAUUGCAGUUUUAUCCAACCAGAUAUCUGAAUAUCAAGCCAUAAUUGCGCAGAAAACAAGCAAAAGCAUUGGGAAUUCACAGACUCCGGCGUCUAGCAAUGGGUACAGGCAAAGAGGCUGA